AUGGAUCAUCACUCCAAAUGGCCUAUCUUCCUGCGUCUUCACGGGAGUAUCACGCCGGAGAUGAUACUCCCGCUCUUGUUUGUGGGCGGCUGGUCGACUAUGAUUACCUGCGUCAGUAAAUGGGCGCACGACCUCGGUAUCAACCAGCUCCUCCUCACUGUCCUAGGUUUCGUGGUUGGUCUCGCGCUCAGUUUCCGCUCAUCCACAGCCUACGAGCGCUACAACGAGGGUCGCAAAUACUGGUCGCAGCUCGCGUUCGUGUCGCAACACCUCGCACGCCUGAUCUGGGUUCAUGCCGACGAGCGACACAACGACCCCGUCGUGGGCAAGAAAGAUCUGCUCGCCAAAAUCAGCUGCCUCAACAUGAUCGUUGCGUUUGCCAUGUCCCUCAAGCACAAGCUGCGUUUCGAACCGUAUGCGCACUACGACGAUCUACAGCAUAUAGUCGGGCACCUAGAUACGUAUGCUAAGGCUGCUGAUCAACCCACCCUCAACCGCAAACAAUCCUUUUUCAAGACCGCCGGCCAAUUUCUUGGCCUCCCCUUUGCUGAAUCUAACCCGCGCAAGCUCCUCAAGAAGACCAACGUUCCGCUUGGAAACCUGCCCCUAGAAAUCCUGACCCACCUCUCCGCCUACCUAAAGUCCAUUUACGACAACGAAACCCUCAAAGUCUCCGUCUACCAAACGCAGUCCCUCGCCGCGCUGCAAACUAUGAAUGACGUGCUCUCGGGAACAGAUCGUAUCCUAAACACUCCCUUGCCAAUCGCGUAUACUAUCGCCAUCAGCCAGAUCACGUGGGUGUAUAUCCUGUUGCUACCGUUCCAACUUUACAAGAGUCUGGGCUGGAUCACGAUCCCGGCUAGUGUAUUUGCGGCGUAUAUCAUUUUGGGUAUUGCGCUUAUUGGUCGCGAAAUCGAGAAUCCCUUCGGCGACGAUGUCAACGACCUUCCGCUCGACGCCUUUUGCGGCCAGAUCCGUCAGGACAUCGAUCUCAUCAUGUCGAAGCCUGCGCCGACCGUUGAUGAAAUUGUGAUGAGUGAUCACAAUGAAUUGUUGUAUCCGAUCAGCGGGCUUGGGGGCCGGGCGUGGGCGGAGAAGAGCGUCGAGGAGAUUAGGGAGGCAUUGGGGCAGAAGCCGAGUAUAAAGUAUAGGCAUACAGAGAGUGAGGGGGCGGAUGCUGUAAAGGCGAGUGAUAAUGUUUAG